AUGCCCAGAGGCUUCCUUGUGAAACGGACCAAGAGGACCAGUCCGGGGUGGUACCGGGUCCGUUCUGAUGAUGAUCACGAACCGGACCAGAGUCCAGUCUGCGCUCCGGUUCCGCCCUGCGGAGCCGCAGUUCCGGAACCGGACGAGAAGCCGGUCCGGUUCGGGAACCCAGAAUGUGUGCACCAGGCGCUCUGCAGCCCGACCCGGCCAGUGAGCCGGAACCAGAACCGGGACCUUGUGUCUCCGGUGUCAGCGGUCCCGUUGACCCUGAGAGUCGGAACCAGCCGGUCCAAACGACCUUCUGAAGACCCGGAGCGCGGAUCCACCUGCAAGAGGACCAGAACCUGCAGGAAGCUGCACUUAGAGGAUGACGUCACCACGUCUCCGGUUCUGGGGCUGAAGAUCAAAGCGGCUCCAGCUGACGGAGGAGCGGAACCGGACCGGAACCGGGGCGGGUUCGUGUGCCAGCUGUGCAGAGAGUCCUACCGGGACCCGUUCUCUCUGGCCCAGCACAGGUGCUCCAGGAUAGUCCGGGUCCAGUACCGGUGUCCGGACUGUGACAAGGUCUUCAGCUGCCCCGCGAACCUGGCCUCCCACCGGCGCUGGCACCGACCCGGACCUCCGAACCGGGCCCGGGACAAGGGCUCCGAGUGCGCCCAGUCCGGUCCGGAGAGGCCGAAGGACUGGACGGUCCGGGACUCGUGUAGUCCCGGUCCGUCCGAAUCCGGGUCAGAGGAAGGACCGGACUCCCGUCAGCGCGGGAAAACCUUCAAGCGCCGGACGAGGCGCGUGACGUCACAGCACCGCCAGCAGAGGCACGCGCCUGUCAACCUGGGCGCGUCCACGUGUGGAGAAAGCUUCGCGUGCACAAGAAGUCAGGAACGUCACUUCCGGCUCCAACACGCCUCACCUGUGUUCACGUGUAGAGAGAGCCCCGCCCACUUGUACAACUUCUGA